CUUUUGCCCUGCAACGGGAAAUUUGCAACUUCUAACCAAAUUUGUAAUCAGAAGAGCACUGAAUUGGAAGUAACACACAAAACAAAGCGUUCUUUGGUCUGAAGUAGAGCGUGUAUCUCUGAAAGCUCUGAAAUUUUUCCUUUUUUGCCCCCCUCCCCGAAAAUUUUGCUUCUUGGGGAUGUAAAUUUAGCUUCAAUCCUCAGCAGAGCAAGGGAGUAGAAAAGGUGGCAGCUUUAUGAACAAACGGCAGCAUCAGAAAUCGUCUUGAAGUUUUUUCAUUGGGCCUUUGGCGGGUUUCGUUUCUUAAUCCACAAUAAAAACAAGCCCAAUAACAAAAUACUAAACAUGUGUUCCCUUAUUCUCCCUCUCCAGAUGGAAAGUAUAAUAAAAAGGGGGAAAGUAAGAAAUUUUUGGGACAAAGAGAGAAGAUUUCCAGGAUGAGGAUGGCAAUCUCACGCUUGAUCCACUCGCAGUCCCCGCUCUCUCGAUUCCGCAGACUAGCUUUUGCACAAAGUGGGAGGUUGCUGUCAACCGAAUCGAAUCGUGGGGAUGAACCCUUCAAAGAUCAGGAAGCAGAGCCUGUUAAUGUGCCACCUCCUCCUUCAGAGAAGUUGCUUGUUUUGGGUGGAAACGGCUUUGUUGGUUCGCAUGUUUGUGAAGAAGCUUUGAAGCAUGGUCUGUCUGUUUCGAGCUUGAGCAGGUCAGGAAGGUCAUCCAUAAGAGAACCUUGGGCUGAUAAAGUUGUGUGGCACCAAGGAAGCCUUCUUAUACCUGAUUCCUUAAAGGAUGUUAUGAACGGUGUGUCAGCUGUGAUAUCAUGUGUUGGAGGCUUUGGAUCUAACUCUCAUAUGUACAAGAUAAAUGGGACUGCAAACAUCAAUGCCAUCAGAGCUGCUGCUGAAACGGGGGUGAAAAGAGUUGUAUAUAUUUCGGCUGCGGAUUUUGGCGUGGUAAAUUAUUUAUUACAAGGAUAUUACGAGGGAAAGAGAGCUGCUGAAGCAGAACUGUUAUCGAGAUUUGCAUAUGGAGGAGUAAUACUUAGACCUGGUUUCAUUCAUGGAACUCGCCAAGUUGGGAGCAUGAAGUUACCACUAGGUGUCAUUGGUUCACCCCUCGAGAUGGCUCUUAAGCAAGCAAAGCCGUUGAAUUGUCUCCCACUUGUGGGCCCUCUCUUUACUCCUCCUGUGAGUGCUUCUGCAGUCGCAAAAGUUGCUGUCAGGGCUGCGACUGAUCCAGUGUUUCCUCCUGGUAUAGUUGAUGCCUAUGGCAUCCUCAGGUACAGUGAGCAGCACAAGUGAAGCAGAGAUGCAUGUUUUUUGCAGAAUGUUGCAGCAAUAAAAAUCGUAGAUUCCUGAAAUUUCUGGGUUUUCUUUUUUUUUUCUUUUUGUUUUGUAAUGAUCAUGAGAUGUAGAUAACUACGAUAAGUUUUGUUGUCGUUCAUGUUGUUGAAAUAUUGUUGUGUUUUGCAAUAGUUGAAUUAAAUGGGAACAAGAAAUGUUACCUAAAUUGGUA